UGCCAGCUGUGAUGUCAGGUGGUUCUGCAGGACCAAACUAGUCUUCUUCACCUGCCUUGUGGAGUAUUACCUGGAAGGCCCCAGGGCUACAAAUGUUAGGAAAGGAUGCCACAGACUCCUCCCUUCGCAGCUACUUUUGACAGCAGUGGAUACAACAGGAACGUCUAUCAGGCCAAAGAGGACAACUGUGGAGGGCUCAAUUACCACGACAACAACCUCCUGUCAGGGUCUCUGGAAGCUCUGAUCCAGCACUUAGUACCCAAUGUGGAUUACUACCCCGAUAGGACGUACAUCUUCACCUUCCUCCUCAGCUCGCGGCUCUUCAUGCACCCGUACGAGCUGAUGGCCAAGGUUUGCCACCUGUGCACUGAGCAGCAGCGCCUGAGCGAGCCUGGCCUGGACAAGAACCAGAUACGAAAAAUAGCACCCAAAAUCCUGCAGCUUCUGACGGAAUGGACAGAGACUUUUCCUUAUGAUUUCCGAGAUGAAAGGAUGAUGAAGAAUUUAAAGGAGCUGGCCCAGCGAAUAGCCAGUGGCGAUGAGAUGUAUCGGAAGAACGUCCAGCAGCUCCUGCAGAACCUGCUUCGGAAACUUGCCACUGUCAGCCAGUAUGAGGAAGUCCUUGCAAAAAUCAGUGCCACGUCCACAGAUCGCCUCACGGUGCUAAAGAGCAAGCCCCAGGCCAUACAGAGGGACGUAAUCACAGUCUGCAAUGAUCCCUACACGUUAGCUCAGCAGCUCACGCACGUGGAGCUUGAGCGCCUGAAUUAUAUUGGACCAGAAGAGUUUGUCCAGGCGUUUGUACAAAAGGAUCCCUUGGAUAACGACAAGAGCUGCUACGGAGAUCGAAAGAAGACCCGUAACCUGGAAGCCUAUGUAGAAUGGUUCAACAGGCUCAGUUACCUGGUUGCAACAGAAAUCUGUAUGCCUGUGAAGAAGAAGCACAGAGCACGAGUAAUAGAAUAUUUCAUUGACGUAGCCCGGGAAUGUUUCAACAUUGGCAACUUUAACUCRCUAAUGGCUAUUAUUUCUGGCAUGAACAUGAGCCCUGUCUCUCGAUUAAAGAAAACUUGGGCAAAAGUGAAGACAGCCAAAUUCGAUAUCCUUGAGCAUCAGAUGGACCCUUCUAGCAACUUUUACAAUUACCGAACCGCUCUGCGUGGAGCCGCUCAGAGGUCCUUGACAGCUCACAGCAACAGAGAGAAGAUCGUGAUACCUUUCUUCAGCCUCUUGAUCAAAGAUAUUUACUUCCUCAACGAGGGCUGUGCCAAUCGUCUUCCAAAUGGUCACAUCAAUUUUGAAAAAUUUUGGGAGUUGGCGAAACAAGUGAGUGAAUUUAUGACGUGGAAGCAAGUGGAGUGUCCGUUCGAAAGGGAUCGCAAGAUCCUGCAGUACUUGCUUACUGUCCCAGUCUUCAGUGAUGAUGCACUUUACUUGGCUUCCUACGAGAGCGAAAGUCCUGAGAAUCACAUUGAAAAGGACAGAUGGAAGACUCUGAGGUCAACGCUCCUGGGCAGAGUCUAAUGUACGAGCUGGCUGCUGUUGCUGCUGUUGCUGCAUUAUGUGGGUUUUUAAGGGGCAUGGCUUGUUUCUUUUUCUUUUUUUUUUUUUCCUGUGCACUGAGUGGCAUCCAGAGUAAUGGGAACUGUGCAUCAGUGAAGAUACCGUGUCAGCAAAGAUGGGACAAGUCAACAAACAGGCCCAACAGGAGCUUCUCCCAGCUGCCAGAUGAGAUGAAAUCACAGCCCGCUCGGUUUAAGUAUUGAUUGAGGAUGGUGCUGACAGAGGGCUUGGCAGAGCUCGGAUGCUGCCUAUGAAUCAUUUCACACCUGGAUGGAAUAUUUUCCCAUUCCUUACGUUGGAGCUUGAUGCUGCUGUGGCUCCAGAGCUGAUACUAAGUUGCAGAAGGGGAAAAAAAUUGCCAUUCCUCUCGCUGAAACCAAGUCUGAAUUGAAGAACUUCARUUUCCAAUAAGCUGAAUAUAGCCAGGAACUUUGGCUAAAUCAGGAUUGCUAAGAAGGGAAAGGACUGGACACAACACGUAGGCUGCUGGGGAGAGCUUCUCCCCACCACUGUAAUAGUGUCUAAUUAUUUUUUUUCUUUUUUCAUUAUAUUUUUGAGUUGGCUGCUGGCAGGCAAACUCAUUAUUAUUAUUAUUAUUAUUAUUGUUAUUAUAAGUUAUUUUAAAAAGAUAUAGUAAUAAAAAAGAAGACUGUGAUAGAAAACACACCUGCUAGAAAAAUACAGUAGCAAUAUAGCUUCAACUAUUUUAUGCCUUGUAGGGAGUUUUCUUUCUUUCUUUUAAUUGUUUACAAUUAAUCACUAUGUGCUACAGAUUCUUAUUUUUACUAUACUGUUUUGUUACUCUGAUUUUCCAUAACUUUUGCCUUUCUUCUUACAUCAGGUUGAAAAAGCUGACUUUUCUAGAAUGGUCUUUGAAAAACUGAUGUACAAACUCUGUACAAAUAUGCAAGUAUGUUUUUAUUAAGUCCUUUUAUAAUUGAUUUUUUUGAAAGGGUAACAAUGGAGAGAACACAAUCCCACUUGGCUGAAAUUGCAAAAAGGAAAAGAGGAGGUUUCUUUUCAACUAUAUCUGCAAGCARAAAUCACCCUGUGUGUUUAUUUUAUGGUUUAUCAUUAUGACAGGGAAGUAGUUUGGUUUGUUACACACCUGGUAAGUUUGUAGUAGCUCUGCAUACUUAGCCACUCUACCUAGGAAGAACCUGAUAGAAGAGGGGAAAAAAAAAAGGGAAAAAAAGGAAAAAAAAAAAGAAAAGAAAUGGUAGCUGUAGAUUAUCCUGGAUACAAAAUCACUAAGCUAAAGCACAUGGCAAAUGCAUUUGCAGUUACCCUGCCACUGUUGUUUCAAAAAGAAAUGAGCUAAGAAUAAGGCUGUCGGUUGCAGGGCACCUCUCGAGUUUUCACAUAGGCUCGUGUUUAAGUCUGUGCUCUGUGAGACCUUUUUCAGGCCACAGUCUGAUUUUUGAGUUGGGUAAGAACGUGUCCAAGUGCCAUAAGUCAACAGAGAUACUGUCCUUAAGCUGUGUGCUGGUACCAGGUGUUGGAAAUCACGGAAUUUCAUAUCCCGUGGACCUCAGGUAGGAAAGUGCUGGGAACCCUCCCCAUGGAAGGGGAUUUCUCCCCUCUGCUCCCAUUCGGUGUUUUAAAAAAUGCCAACUUAAUGCCAAGAAGGGAAUCCAUCUUUCCGAGGAGUGUGCCUGUGGUUUACAGGCUUGACCUACGGCCUUCAUCAGGGGAGCUCUUUCCA